AAGGCUGUGUCUGCGUGUUGAUGUCAGAGAGAGGACUUGCAUUGGGUAUGGAGGACCGAAAAAGCCAGUUAGCCACGGCAACUGACACAAUAUAGAAACAAAUUAUAGCAACAAAAAGUUACAGUGAGGCGAUAUAGCAUCGAUACACAUAUGUAUGAACUGUAGCCGAAGAGAACUGGCUGGAUUGGUUUCAAGAAUACGACAUUCUUCACUAAAUAUUUCCCCGUUGGAGAGGAUGCGGGAGGAAUGUACCCUUUAUUUGCGGGGGACAGAAAAUGAUUGGAUUGUGAACACUGCUGGUUGUUUGUGAACAGGAAAAUUUGAAAUUGAGGAGAGGCAGUCCGCGGCGCUCAAAAAAGAGGAGGGGAGGGAGACGAAGAAAACGCCCUGUUGCUGAAUCCCUCACUAAACAUUAGGGUUAACUUUAUCGCGCCAUCGAAAACACCCGUCACACAAAUGGAUAUGGAUUGGGAAGUUUAAUACUUUAUUGACAAAGGGACUCUUCGUACACUAACGGAGAUUGUGGAAGUGUCGGUUUUUAUUUUUCCGGGAUUGUUCCCCCCCCCCCCCUCUUCUCUCUUUGCCUGGACAUAAGCGAGUCCGAAGUAAUUUCAGAGGGAGGCGAAUCGGAGGCGGCUUAGGCCCACGGGCACGGCGGUGGAACAAAAAGCCUGUUUUUGAACCAUCUUCAUGUGAACUCAUCUUUUAAAAAAAGGGUUAUCCUGCAUUCUGUACAGAAAAGGACACCGAUAAACUGUUAAAGAUGUCGACGGGAGCAGAAAGACGGCUUGAAAACCGGCUGAAAAAACUGGAAGCCAUGAUCAGAGAUCCGAGGUCCGCGAUAAACUUGGAAAGUUUACUGGAUUCCAUGAACGCCCUGGUCCUAGACCUGGACUUCCCCGCUCUGAGGAAGAACAAGAACAUCGAGACGUUCCUGAACCGAUACGAGAAGGUGAUGGGUACGAUCCGGGAGUACCAGAUGAAGUCGGAGGACUUUGACAGAGUGAAGGUCAUCGGCAGGGGAGCGUUCGGCGAGGUUCAGCUGGUGAGACAUAAGGCCUCUCAGAAGGUGUACGCCAUGAAGCUCCUCAGUAAGUUUGAGAUGAUCAAGCGCUCUGACUCCGCCUUCUUCUGGGAGGAGCGUGACAUCAUGGCCUUCUCGGACAGCCCCUGGGUGGUGCAGCUGUGCAGUGCCUUCCAGGACGACCGCUACCUGUACAUGGUGAUGGAGUACAUGCCGGGCGGGGACCUGGUCAACCUGACCAGCACGUACGACGUGCCCGAGAAGUGGGCCAAGUUCUACACGGCCGAGGUGGUUCUGGCCCUGAACGCCAUCCACGCCAUGGGCUUCAUCCACCGGGACGUCAAGCCCGACAACAUGCUGCUGGACCGGCACGGACACCUCAAACUGGCCGACUUCGGCACCUGCAUGAAGAUGGACGCGACGGGCAUGGUGCGUUGUGACACAGCGGUGGGCACUCCAGACUACAUCUCCCCUGAAGUGCUCAAGUCGCAGGGCGGCGACGGUUACUAUGGACGCGAGUGUGACUGGUGGUCCGUGGGCGUCUUCAUCUUCGAGAUGCUGGUCGGUGACACGCCCUUUUAUGCGGACUCCCUGGUGGGGACCUACAGUAAGAUCAUGGACCACACAAACUCGCUUAACUUCCCCGACGACGUGGAGAUCUCCAAUGACGCCAAGAACCUCAUCUGUGCCUUUCUAACGGACAGGGAGGUCCGCCUUGGACGCAGUGGCGUGGAGGAGGUCAAACGCCAUCCCUUCUUCAAGAACGACCAGUGGACCUUCGACACCAUCCGCGAGACUGUAGCUCCUGUGGUCCCGGAGUUGAGCAGUGACAUAGACACGAGUAACUUUGAUGAGAUUGAGGAGGUUAAGGGCGAUGUGGAGACCUUCCCCCCUCCGAAGGCCUUCGUGGGGAACCAGCUGCCCUUCGUGGGCUUCACCUACUUCCAAGAGGACCAGUUGUUAGGUGCCUCAAAACCCAACACUGAGGAGAAUGAACAUCGGACUUCAGUCAAAGGAGAGUCAGAUCAGCUGCAGAAGAAGGUGCAACAGCUGGAGGGCCAGCUUGGGGCUGAGAUGCAGGCCAAAGACGACAUGGAGCACAAAUACAGGAAUGCCAGCAGUCGCCUAGAGAAAGUCUCCAAAGAACUCGAUGAGGAGGUGAGCGGGCGGAAGGCUCUGGAGUCCUCUCUCAGGCAGCUGGAGCGGGAGAAGGCCCUGCUGCAGCACAAGAGCGUGGAGAGCCACCGCAAGGCGGAGAGCGAGGCCGACAAGAAGCGCUGCCUGGAGAACGAGAUGAACAGCCUGCGGGAUCAGCUGGAGGACAUGAAGAAGAGGAACCAGAACUCUCACAUCUCCAACGAGAAGAACAUUCACCUGCAGAGACAGCUGGACGAGGUGAACGCUCUCCUGCGGGCGGAGUGCGACGCGGCGGCGCGGCUGAGGAAGAGUCAGACGGAGGUGACGAAGCAGGUGCAGCAGUCCGAGGCCACGGUGCGGGAGCUGCAGGACAAGUGCUGCGGCCUGGAGAACGGCAAGCUGAAGCUGGAGAAGGACUUCAUCAGCCUGCAGUCUGCGCUCGAGUCCGAGAAGAGGGACCGCAGCCAGGGCUCCGAGACCAUCUCCGACCUGCAGGGGCGAAUCUCGGGCCUGGAGAUGGAGCUGAAACAGUCCAAGGGCUCACUGUCCAAGGGGGAGGCUGAGAAGAGACAGCUCCAGGAGAAGCUCACAGACCUGGAGAAGGAGAAGAGCAACAAGGAGAUUGACAUGACGUACAAGCUGAAGGUUCUGCAGCAGGGCCUGGAGCAGGAGGAGGCUGCCCACAAGGCCACGAAGGCCCGCCUCGCCGACAAGAACAAGAUCAACGAGUCCAUCGAGGGGGCCAAGUCUGAGGCCAUGAAGGAGAUGGAGCAGAAGCUGCAGGAUGAGCGGGCUCUGAAGGUGCAGGUGGAGAACAGGCUGCUGGAGAUGGAGAAGCACAGCUCCAUGCUGGACUGCGACUACAAGCAGUCCCAGCAGAAACUGGAGGAGCUCCGCCGGCACAAGGAGAAGCUCACCGAGGAGGUGAAGAACCUGACCCUGAAGAUUGAGCAGGAGAUGCAGAAGCGCAGCCUGACGCAGAACGACCUGAAGGCUCAGAACCAGCAGCUCAACGCGCUGCGCAUGUCGGAGAAGCAGCUCAAACAGGAAGUCAACCACCUGCUGGACAUCCGCCACAGCCUGGAGAAACAGAACCAGGAGCUCAGGAAGGAGAGGCAGGACUCUGACGGGCAGAUGAAGGAACUCCAGGAUCAGCUGGAGGCAGAGCAGUAUUUCUCGACGCUGUAUAAGACGCAGGUUCGGGAGCUGAAGGAGGAGUGUGAGGAGAAGAAUAAGCUGUAUAAGGACAUGCAGCAGAACCUGCAGGACCUCCAGGAGGAGAGGGACUCCCUGGCGGCGCAGCUGGAGAUCACGCUGACCAAGGCGGACUCGGAGCAGCUGGCCCGGUCCAUCGCGGAGGAGCAGUACUCCGACCUGGAGAAGGAGAAGAUCAUGAAGGAGCUGGAGAUCAAGGAGAUGAUGGCGCGGCACAGGCAGGAGCUGGGGGAGAAGGACGCUACCAUCAGCUCGCUCGAGGAGGCUAACCGCACCCUCACCAGUGACGUGGCCAACCUGGCCAAUGAGAAGGAGGAGCUCAACAACAAACUGAAGGAAACGCAUGAGCAGCUCCAGAUAGCAAAGGAGGAAGAGCAGCAGAUGGGCCAGAUGAAGAUGGCCUUCGAGAAGCAGCUGCAGUGUGAGAGAACGCUCAAGACCCAGGCUGUUAACAAGCUGGCGGAGAUCAUGAAUCGGAAGGUGCCCCGCCCUGCAGGCAGUCGCCGUGGCAACGACACAGACAUGCGCAGGAAGGAGAAGGAGAACAGGAAGCUGCAGCUGGAGCUGAAGUCAGAGAAGGAGAAGCUCAACAGCACCAUCAUCAAGUACCAGCGCGAGAUCGACGACAUGCAGGCGCAAAUCGUGGAGGAGAGCCAGGUGCGGAUCGAGCUGCAGAUGGCUCUGGACAGUAAGGACAGCGACAUCGAGCAGCUGCGCGGCCUGCUCACCUCCAUCAACGUGCACUCGCUCGACUCCGCCAGCGUCUGCAGCGGGCCGGAGACCGACACCGACGACAACUUCCCCGUGCGUAUCUCUCACUCGCACUCCUCGGAGACCCUGUCCCUCACCUACGAGCGCACCUCCAAAUCUGUCUGCAUCGACACCCGCCCCCACCUCUCCUGCCCUCUGUCCGACUCCGACUCUGACUCUGAGCCGGACGGGCCCGAGCCAGAGCCAAAAUGGCCGCCUCUUCCUCUCAGUGAUGAUGACACUGAUGGGUCUGACUGUGCAGAAACGAGGCUUGAGGGCUGGCUCUCACUUCCUGUGAGGCACAACAACAAGAGGUUCGGCUGGGAGAAAAAGUACGUGGUGGUGAGCAGCAAGAAGAUUCUGUUCUACAACAGCGAGCAGGACAAGGAGCAGUCCAACCCCUAUAUGGUUCUGGACAUCGAUAAGCUGUUCCACGUGCGGCCGGUCACCCAGACCGACGUGUAUCGCGCAGACGCCAAGGAAAUCCCGCGGAUAUUCCAGAUCCUCUACGCCAACGAGGGCGAGAGCAAGAAGGAGCCGGAGUUCCCGGUGGAGCCGCUGGCCAUCGGGGAGAAGUCCAGCUACAUCUGCCACAAGGGCCACGAGUUCAUCCCCACGCUCUACCACUUCCCCACCAACUGCGAGGCCUGCACCAAGCCCUUGUGGAACAUGUUCAAACCGCCGCCCGCCCUGGAGUGCCGCCGCUGUCACAUCAAGUGCCACAAGGACCACAUGGACAAGAAGGAGGAGGUCAUCGCGCCCUGCAGGGUGAACUACGACGUGUCGACGGCGAAGAACCUGCUGCUGCUCGCCGUGUCCCAGGAGGAGCAGCAGAAGUGGGUCAGCCGGCUGGUGAAGAAGAUCCCCAAAAAGCCCCCCGCCCCCGAGCACCUGGCCCGCUCCUCCCCCCGCGCCUCCAUGAAGGUGCAGUCCAGCCAAUCCAUGAGGAGGCCCAGCCGCCAGGCCCCGCCCACCAAGCCCAGCCCUGGUCCCAUGCUCAAAAUCAUCUUGCACUGACCUCUCACCCCACGACCCCUGACCCCUUCAUUCUCCUCCCCCGGUUGACCCUCCCCCAGAUCGGACGUUUCCAGGAUGAAACAGGAAGACAGUGGCACCAGGAGCCUGGGAAGAUCCUGAUGCACCUCCGACAUUAGUCUCUCCAUAGAGCGUUUUACACGGGGAAGCACACUAUAGUUCUGUUACUGCAUUAUAUGUGAUUUAAAUGUGAAGUUUUGCAAUAAAACAUGACAACUCUGAGGUCCGAUCCACCGUUCUGGUUCCGAGUCUUUCUCCUGGCUGCGAGGGAGUGAUGCAUGCUGGGUACUUUUACUGGUGUGUGUGUGUGUGUGUGUGUGUGUGUGUGUGCGUGUGUGUGUGUGUGUUUGUGUGUGGUGUUUAUGGAAUGACAUUUACCUCUGUCAGAGUUCAUUCUGUGAUGACUGAUUGGUGAUGGUGCACAAUAACUCAACUUCUGAACCUCGACAGCUUCUGUGACACGUUACAUUCGUUGUUUAGCUGACGCUUUUAUCCAAAGUGACUUACAGAUGAUUAGACUAAGCAGGGGGGCCAGCCAGUCAUUGAAUAAAAUCUGAGCAUGUCUGCAUUUUGACAUUUUAAGGGCAGAAUGGCAGAAAAAAAAGUUACACAUUCUGCUAGUGAGCUCUGAAAUGUGCCUGAGGAACAGGAAUCUAACCCUCUCUCUUUCUCCCUCUCUCUCCAGUUAACCAUCUUUGCUUGGGGAUGUGGUGGAACUGAUGGGUGUUUCUUCCUAACACAAAGACUCGACACAGAGAGUGUUUUUUUUUUUUCUUGGCAUAUCCAAAUCAGAAACGAAAAUGCACAAAUACUAACUUUUUAAAAGUUUCUUUUAAAGACCGUAUUUUUCUUCCCAUCCUGGGUCACAGCCCUUGGCUUCCACGGUGAAUACUCGUCGGGCGCUGAGUCAGAGGUCAGAGGUCAGACGGACUGGGCUGCUGGUCUCCAUGACGACUCGUGGGCGCUCCCAAAACCUGCCUACUUACUGCUGUCCGUCUGUCCGUCUGUCUGCACCCACACUCUUUCUCAACAUUCUGGAGUGUUCUGGAACAGCCAGACCAAGAAAACAGGAUCGAAAUGCUGGAGGUUAGGAGGUCCUGAACGUCUCCCCACCCCACCUCCGGAGGUCUCGACAUCCCAGCGUGCUCCGGGAGAACGGCCACGCCAAUAUGACGGGAAGAACCAGGAAGCUACCGUGAAUAUCCGCUGAUAACACUAACCAAGACCAACCAGGAGCGGAAACCAUGUGACCAGUAACCAGGCAACAGCAAAAAUACACAAAAAGAAAAAUACCUCCCGGCAAGAAGUGUCUAUAAACCACGGUUAAAAUGGUGGAGCCAUAAGUUGCUUUGCAGGUGACCGUUAUAAGCCAUUCAAAUCGGUGACUUAUUAAACGCAUGCACACACAUGUACAUGUCCGCUCCACGCAUUUGAAGUGCCGUUUCCCUGUACUGCAACGUGGAUCCAAUCACGUAUGACCGCCAUCUGCACACGUAUGACCGAGUCCGCACACGCAUUCUGUACCUUGAAGAAGAGGCACCGCAUUACUGUAUAAAAACGUGUUCUCCCAGGAGCAGCUUCAUGAAUGAGUUUGGAUGUGUGUACGUGUGUAUGCACGUGUGUGUGUGCGCGCGCGCGCGCAGGUUAACGCUGCCUGUAUACACUCAGCAUCUUUUCUGUGUAAAUCAAAAGCUGCACGUGAAUGUUGCAGCUUAGGGGGUUUUUUUUGUGGCAUUUGUUUUGAGUUUGAAAUCAUACCAGCCAAUGUUUUCAUGCUGAGGCCUUCACUUAUGAAGUACGGAGUCUGCACUUGUCCUGCAAGGCAUUGUGGGAAAGCAAGAGCCGUUAUUGGUGCGCUGUGCGUAGGUAUCCUACAGCUGUACUCCUACCGUACUGAAUGUAUCGCAGUAGGAAGCCGGAGUGAAGGAUGCAGGAACAUUAGAGAGGACAUUGUACAUCUUAUUUCUGGAGGAUCACAAGUUAUUGGAGCGAGUUCAUUAACGCCCGCCACCGUGUGUGUGUUUCCGUAUGCAUUAUGUAUGAGUGUGGAUCUUAUAGUCGCCUCAAAGUUCAAUUACGUACUUGCCUUUUGAUCCUUGUGCCCAUACUCAAGAAGAAAGUGUUAUUUUAUUAUUGCUGAGAUGGAACAAACGAGUUGACUUAUUUUUUACUAAAAAGCAAAAUAAUAAAUGAAAAAAAAAAUAAAACUAGGAAAAAAAAAAAUUCACAGCAGAUAUAUCCACAAGCACUAAAGUAUUUACGGUUUUCUGUAGAGCCUUCGGAAGAUUAUUAUUUUGUAUAGUCGUUUCAUGUAGCUCCAGUCAUACUUGGAGGUUUUUGGUGUGCUGUGUGAAUUAGCCGAUACUGUCCAGGGUUCUGAAAAUGGCACACAAUAUAUAAAUAUAUAUACAGCAUAUACAUUUACAUGCCAUCUUAGAAGAUGUAUUAUUUAUAAAGACCUGUCCACCUUUGUAUUUAAAGAAAGUGCUACGUUCCAUCUGCAUGUUUUUUACUGCUGAAAUGAGCUCCCACAAUAACCUACCUGACAAUAAAAGUAUGUAGCCCUCUGUUUCAGAUCCUU